AAGUUCUCCUGAUGGCAUCAUUCGAGUGUCCAAAAUUGCACCAUUUCCUUCUUAUAAUCAGAAAAAAAGUAAUCAUAUUUGGCCAACUCAUACUCUUCUUUCCCUAGCUGUCUUUGUCUGCCGCCUCUCACUUCGCCUCUUGAUUCGCCGGAUUUCCCGGCCAGUUUGCAAGAAUUCCUCACCUUGGUCUUCUUGGAUUUUCUUGAUUUGCCGGCGAGUUUCAAGAACUCUGCAACUGGGUUUUCUUGAUUUGUUUUGUUGCCUGUGUCAAUAUCUAUUGUUGGAUCCCUUUCUUUUGACUUGCCGGGAAAGGUAUAUACAAUCAUUUAUACGUAUAUACCGAUUCAUAUAUGAGAAUUUAUUUCUCAGUUCUCAUUUCUGAAAGAUCCCCUUUUCCGUUUGAUCUUAAUCAUUGGCAAAAAUUCUUAAAAAGAAAUUACACGUCUAUAUAUACAAAUUCGUUAUUUGCUUAUAUAUGGUGAUGUCGGUGUCUCCAAGGAAAUCGAUAAACAAGGUGUUUGAGAGGGUUGGGGUGUAUGGUUUUGGAGGAAGCAGCCAAAAGAGGUGCAAGUAUGCAAUUGAAGAUGAAGAUGGGACCAUGGAAAUGGAGCAAAUUGGUGCUGAAAGGACGAAAAAUGUGCUGAUUCUGAUGAGCGAUACUGGUGGCGGCCACCGUGCAUCGGCAGAGGCGAUUCGAGAUGCGUUCCAGCUGGAAUAUGGGGAUGAAUAUAGGAUUUUUGUGAAGGAUGUUUGGAAGGAGUACACAGGCUGGCCGCUGAAUGAUAUGGAGAACCAGUACAAAUUCAUGGUUAAACAUGUGCAGCUUUGGAAGGUUGCAUUUCACGGCACCUCUCCUAAAUGGAUACACUCUUCCUAUCUUGCAGCCAUUGCCGCCUUUUAUGCCAAGGAGGUUGAGGCUGGCCUAAUGGAGUACAAACCCGAUAUCAUCAUCAGUGUCCAUCCUCUUAUGCAGCAUAUUCCACUUUGGAUACUGAGAUGGCAAGGAUUACAGAAGAAAGUUAUUUUUGUUACAGUCAUUACAGAUCUCAAUACGUGCCACCGCACAUGGUUUCAUCCGUCUGUCAAUCGGCUGUACUGCCCCUCAGAAGCUGUUGCAAAGAGAGCUUCACUAGAUGGACUCGAACAAUCCCAAAUUCGUGUGUGUGGGUUGCCCAUCCGACCUUCUUUUGUUCAGGCGGUUCUAUCCAAGGAUGAUUUAAGAGUUGAACUUGAGAUGAAUCUUGACUUGCCAGCCGUCCUGCUAAUGGGAGGUGGUGAAGGAAUGGGCCCUGUAAGGAAAACUGCCGAGGCUUUGGCAGAAUCUCUGUAUGAUAAAGAGCUCGAGAAGCCAAUAGGGCAACUGAUUAUCAUCUGUGGGCGCAAUGAGAUGCUAGCCUCCACAUUGAAAUCACUUGAAUGGAAAAUCCCCGUCAAGGUUAGAGGGUUCGAGAAGCAAAUGGAGAAAUGGAUGGGUGCUAGCGACUGUAUUAUUACAAAAGCUGGACCGGGUACCAUUACAGAGGCAUUGAUAAGAGGCCUUCCGAUAAUUCUGAAUGACUAUAUUCCCGGACAAGAAAAGGGAAAUGUUCCAUAUGUAGUUGACAAUGGGGCUGGAGUGUUCACCCGAAGUCCUAAUGAAACCGCACAACUGGUGGCAGAGUGGUUUAGCACAAAGACGGACGAGCUCAAAAAAAUGUCAGAGAACGCGCUAAAACUUGCCCAACCAAAUGCAGUGUUCGACAUUGUGAAAGACAUUCACGAACUAGCUUGCCAACGAGGUCCCCUUGCAAACAUCCCCUACGUUUUGACAUCUUCAUUCUCGAGUUUAAUUUGCUAAUAGACAUUCGCAUUCUGCGUGAGUAGGACGCCAUGUACAGAUAGCUAGCUUCAAUGAUAUUAUUUUUUGAUCUCAGCAGAUGCUCAAACUGUUACUUUUUACAUUAGAGAACCGAACCCUUUCAAUGAUUUA